UCUUUCAGGUUGGUGGUUCCAAAUAAAGGAUACUCGUCUUUAGACCAGAGUCCAGAUGAGAAACCUCUGGUGGCUCUGGACACAGACAGUGACGACGACUUCGACGUGUCCAGAUAUUCUUCGUCCGGAUACUCGUCGGCCGAGGUGAGAUGUCUGAGGGAGCAGCAAAUAAACCAGGACCUGAACAUCCAGCUGCUGAAGGACGGAUACCGACUGGACGAAAUCCCCGACGACGAGGACCUGGACCUGAUCCCGCCCAAGUCUGUCAACCCCACCUGUAUGUGCUGCCAGUCCGCGCCGUCCACAGCCUGCCAGAUACAGUGACCCCCGACCCCUGACCCCGCCCGUGUCGGCCAAACCCCCGACCGCCGCGAACGAACACGACGACCGAACCGCCCAGUCCCCGCCCACCACAACCUGCCGAACCCAACCACAACCGAACUACCGCACGACCUUCCACCGUCCACGACCUGCGGGAGGCGCCCAUCUCUGACCUCUGACCUCGCCCCCCACGUUCGCCAAACCCAACCACGACCGCCACGGCCGACGCCAUCGACCUUCCACCGUCCACGAUCUGCCAGAUACACCGACCUCCGACCCCCGACCUCCGACCCAGCUCGCCAAGCGUCAACAUAACCCAAAAACCACAAACGAGACCAGAACAGAGACGACGGCCGAGACCACGAACGAAACUACAGCCGAGACCACAACGAGACCACAAAACCGCAGCUGGAGAGUGUGGCCGAGACCACAAGAUGAAACCACAAAAUGAGACUAGAGCUAAGACUACAACGACUACAAGAAGACCACAACCUGGACGACUGUCGAAACCGCAACUGAGACCACGGCCGAGACCACAAACGAAACUGCAGCCGAGACUGUGGCCAAGACCACAAAACGAGACCACAAAGUGAAACCACAAAACGAAACUACAGCUAAGACCACAACGACCACAAGUACAAGGAGACCACAACUGACACUACAGCCAAAACUACAGCCGAGACCACGACUGAGACCACGACGAGACCCCAACCGACAAAGACGACAACCUAGACGACUGUCGAAACCACAACUGAGACCACCACCGCGACCACAAAACGAAACCACAAAACUAAACUACAGCUAAGACCACGGCUGAGGCCACAACUACAACGAGACCACAACCGAGACCACAACUGACACUACAGCCAAAACUACAUCUGAGACCACGACGAGACCACGACGAGACCACGACUGAGGUACAACAAGACCCCAACCGACCAAGACCACAACCUGCAUGACAGCCGAGACCACAACCAAAACUACAAGUGAGACCACAGCGAGACCACAAACAAAACUGCAGCCGAGACCACAGGAGACCACAACUGAGACCACAACUGAGACCACAACUGAGACCACAGGAGACCACAACUGAGACCACAACUGAC